UUUUUAUUUUAUUUUAUUUUAAAUAUUUAGAAUAUUGCUCUUCUUAUCCCACCGCCAUAUUUUUUUAAUCUAUUUUCACUCAGAUCUGUGUUUUUCUUACUUUGAUUUUCAUCACCUCUUUUUCCCGCGUGUAUACGCACACUUCUGCACACACAAUUCACCAUUUUCAGAGCUUCUAAAUGUUCGUUAAUUGAUUCAUAGUGAAGUAGCCGUGAUUUGAAAAUGUUGAUCUAUGGACCGUUAACGCCUGGGCAGGUGUCCUUUUUCCUGGGACUAGUACCGGUAUUUGCUGCUUGGUUAUACUCGGAAUAUUUGGAGAAUGCGAAGAGUUCAUCAUUGCCCAAGCAUGGCAGGAAUUCUGAUAUCAAUUUAGUUGAGUUGGCCGGAACAGUUAAAGAAGAUGAUAGAGCUGUUCUUUUGGAAGGAGGUGGCCUUCACUCAGCCUCUCCUACAUUACGGAAUUCAUCAGUAACAUCCCAACUCACCAGGCUUCUAAUGCUGGAUGAGUCAUUCUUGCUGGAAAAUCGAUUGAUUUUGAGAGCCAUGUCGGAGUUUGGAGCCCUUUUAAUCUACUUCUACAUAUGCGAUCGCACAAAUCUUCUUGGUGAAGCGAAAAAGAGUUAUAACCGGGAUCUUUUCUUGUUCCUGUACUUCCUUCUCAUCAUAGUUUCAGCAAAGACUUCUUUCAAGAUACAUAAUGACAAAUCACCAUUAUCUGGGAAGUCAAUAAUGUAUCUAAACAGGCAUCAAACUGAGGAGUGGAAAGGUUGGAUGCAGGUCUUAUUUCUUAUGUAUCACUACUUCGCUGCAACAGAAUUCUACAAUGCAAUAAGAGUCUUCAUCGCUGGCUAUGUGUGGAUGACAGGGUUUGGGAAUUUCUCAUAUUAUUACAUCCGCAAGGAUUUUAGCCUUGCUAGAUUUAUUCAGAUGAUGUGGAGGCUUAACUUCUUAGUGUUCUUUUGCUGCGUUGUACUUAAUAACAAUUACAUGCUAUACUACAUAUGCCCCAUGCACACUCUUUUCACUCUGAUGGUGUAUGGAGCCCUUGGUAUUUUCAACAAAUACAAUGAGCGUGGAAUUGUUAUAGCCGCAAAAAUAGUGGUCUGCUUUUUGGUGGUCGUUCUUUUAUGGGGAAGUGCCCGUCCUAUUUGUACUACUAUUAAUAAACCUUUUGAGUUUGAAAAAUGUACAUCUCUUUCUCAAUGUGAAUUUGUUUCAGGGUACACCGAUCCAGCUUCAAAAGUUAAACUUUCCCUUUUGCAUGAAUGGCAUUUCCGCUCAGGCCUUGAUCGGUACAUUUGGAUAAUUGGAAUGAUAUAUGCAUAUUACCAUCCCACAGUGGAGAGAUGGUUGGAAAAAUUGGAGGAAGCUGAAAUAAAGCGCAGAAUAUUGAUUAAAUCGAUUGUUGGGAUUGUUUCCUUGACAAUUGGAUAUCUGUGGGUGGAAUUCGUGUACAAGCUUCCAAAGAUUACAUACAACAAAUAUCAUCCUUAUACUUCGUGGAUUCCAAUAACUGUAUACAUAUGCCUACGAAAUGUGACCCAGCACUUCCGCUGCUACUCAUUGACACUUUUUGCAUGGCUUGGGAAAGUCACUUUGGAAACUUACAUCUCACAGAUUCAUAUAUGGUUAAGGUCGAGUGUGCCAAAUGGUCAGCCAAAGCUGUUACUCUCACUGAUUCCAAAUUACCCAUUAUUAAAUUUCAUGCUCACAGCUUCCAUAUACAUUGCGGUGUCUUACAGGCUUUUUGAACUUACAAAUACAUUAAAAUCAGCAUUUGUGCCGACCAAGGACAAUAAGCGUCUUGGACACAAUUUAAUUGCAGCUGUGAUAAUUGCAAGCAUUUUAUACAUUCUGGCAGUCGUUUUGAUUAAAGUUCCUCAAAUGAUAGUGUGAAACUGUUGGAGGGGUACAAUGAAGUAAGGCUACAAAUAUGACUCGAUGCAGACGAGGCUUGUUUGAUUCGGUAUACGAAGUUACGAAUCUUGAAUGAAGUUUAGUGGAGUUGCUGCUAAAUUGUAUAGGAAAAUGGCCUAUUGAAGCCAUUAUUACCACUUGGUUUCAUUUCACACUUGUAAAAUCUUUGAGUACCUUGUCCUUGAUCCGAUGAUUUGAGGGUUUUCGACUUUAAGUUUUUCUACAUUUUGUUAAUGUUUCUUUUUGGCACCAUUUGGAUAAUCAUCUUUGAAUUGAUGAAAGAAAUACAGAUUUUAUGUAA